AUGCCGUCCACACGACCGUGCGCAGCUUUCGAGCCUAUUUCGCCGGAGUUCGAUCUGAAAGCGCUCGUUGAAUCCACUGCCAAUUUUGAAUGGGUCGUGCGAAUACACUGUGAUAUGAUCGACCGUCAAGGCCUGGAGAAUUUUGAAAAGUUAGUUUUGAUCCAUGUUAUCCUGGGAGGCAAGCCGCUCGUCAUUGAAGGCUACGAGUCACGCUUAGAUCGAUGGACGUUUACGCUUCAAUGGUUACGCGAUAACUGUGGAUCCAAGGUUGAACAUGCUCGAGAUCUUACCAAGAAAGCCAAUGUUCCCCUGUCCAUCGGCCAUUACUUGAAUAACAUGGCACCCCUCACAAAUCAGUGGACCGCUCGGAAUUAUAAGGACCCCCAGCGGCAGCGCAUGUAUCUCAAGGAUAUUGACUGCCCGCAGCUCUGGCAUGACAAACUGGCCGAAAUUAUCCCUAGAGGGUUAUUUUAUCUCGAUGAUACCACUGGAGACAUCGAUGGGUUCGGAGAGGUGGAUGCGAACGACCCCACCAAACCUGGGAUGACGAAAGGUCACGGAAUUGCGAAAGCUGGGGACUUGAUGAGCAGCCUUCCCAAAGAAAUGCGGGCAGAAAACCUCAUGUGUUAUAUUGGUCAUGAGGGAACAUACACUCCCGCCCACCGAGAAAUGUGUGCCAGCCUCGGCCAAAACAUCAUGGUGGAAGCUUCCACUGGACUGGUUGAAGAUGGCAAGUUGACUAAACCCGGAUCCUCCAUCUGGUUCAUGACGGAAAGCAAAGAGAGGGAAGUCGUUUCUGAAUACUGGCUUUCGAGGCUCGGCCAUGACAUUGAGAUUGAAAAUCAUUUCGCUCAGAUCAAUGCUUGGAAAACCGCGCCGUUCAAGACUUAUGUUGUGGAGCAAAAGCCUGGUGAUUUCAUUCUCAUUCCGCCUUUGGCACCCCAUCAAGUCUGGAAUCGAGGUACUCGAACAAUGAAGGUCGCAUGGAACAGAACCACGGUGGAAACUCUGGAGAUGGCAAUGCACGAAGCGCUCCCUCGAGCACGGAUGGUUUGUCGAGACGAGCAGUACAAGAACAAAGCCAUCGUCUUCUAUACCAUGCGGAAAUAUUCGAAGCUCCUCAGAACCAAUGAAAAAAUGGGAUCAACAUCUAUCGCAUCGGGACAAAAGCCACAGAAUGACACCAAAGUUCGUCGGCUGGAAAAGGACUUCCGCAGACUGCAGACCCUCUUCACCGAGAUAUUGGUGUCCGAGAGUUUUCUUGAAAACCGACCUGAAAAGAAUGUGGAGAAGAUCCCUUAUGACAGUAACAUUACUUGUUCAUAUUGCCGAUGCAAUAUUUUCAACCGGUUUCUUACUUGUCCAAACUGUGUGGAAGCCAUGCCAGAUGGCGAAGAGGAUACCUACGACAUAUGUAUGGAGUGCUAUGCUAUCGGUAGAAGCUGUGCCUGCAUUUCAAAAUUGAGAUGGGCCGAACAAUGGACGUGGAAAGAGUUGACUCAGAAACAUGAGCAAUGGCGACGGCAAAUUCUUCAAUACGACGGCCAGCUGACCGAAAAAUCGCCCAUGUCACUCAAGAGCGAGUUGGAUCGACUCGGGAAAAAGAGGACAUUGGCACAGAUCUGCCAACUUGAACUGGCCAGACGACCUUUUCGUGAUAUUCGGCGCCCAGCAUCUCCGGUAACUGGCGACGACAGAGUCAUAGAAGAGGUGAUGGAUGCCGACGGAAACGUGAGAAAGAAGAAAAAGAUCAAACGAUCCGAAAAGUUUGUCAGAGAGCACGCUCGGUGUCAUGUAGAUAUGCAUUGGGAACCCAAGUGGAAACAAGCGUCCUGUGCGACGUGCGACAAGAACUACUGCUAUGGCCUGCUGUUCCGAGCGUAUGAUAUGAUGCCGCAAGACAUUUUGGCCGAUCCGGACUGGCAAUGUCCCAGCUGCCGAGGCAUUUGUGGCUGCCGCAAUUGUCGCAGCAGGCCCGAUUACAAGCCUUACAUCCCCUCCGGCACAAUUCUUGGACAUAAUACAAAAGCAAUCGCAGAUCCACGGUCUGUCGAGAGCCUUGUGGAUUUCAGCUACUCCAACAUCGGAUGGAUUCAGAAAGCAGGCGAUGAUAAUGGAGAUGAUACGCGUCGCCUGAAGAAACGACGUAAAGAAGCGGAUGCCGCUAAAGCUAAUGAUCCUGAAUUGGGCGACGAUUAUGUUAAUGAUCAUGAAGACAGCAACGAUAGAGUGGAAAAUGAGGUUCUUCGACAGGCUCAACGGGAAGGGAUUCCGAUUGACCCAGCUUUGGCAGCUAGCGUUGUUGACGAGAACCCUGAAGGUCCGCGAAGAUACCGUGGACCACCACCUACCCAUGCUCAAGCAUCGCACUAUGUCGUCCCAGAAGGAGGUGUCAUUCGAGAUGUUGAACAUGCCUAUGAUCUCACCGAAGCUAUUACAUACGACUAUCCAGGUCCCCAGCUCAGGCAUCAAAUUCCUAUCAUCGUGGAAAAAGCACCACCAGGCUCUGCACCCGUUACGGAUGACAUUCGCGACAUCGGGAUAGUCGAGCGGAAACGCAGGAAGACCAGGAUUGAUGAGGAGCAUCGUGCAUAUCAUUACCAGAAAGGUUCUUCCGAGAGACCCAAGAAACAACGCAAAUCCCUUCAGGUCAAAUUGCCGGUCAAUCGUGACAAGCUAGAAGAAGUGAAAAUGACAGCAGCAACGGCUCGGCGGGCAUUAAAUAGAGUGGAAGCAUCAGCCCCUGUUCUCAAUGCGGCGGAGGGAAAUCCUCAGCAACUACCCACGAGGGUUCGAAUGAAUGACCAUGUUGUCGUCGAACGAGAUGAUGAUUUUACGCCAGUCCGUCACCGCGAUCGUAGGAAAGCUGCGCCUGACGGAGUUCCUCGACCUUCUUCUGAUGCUGAGAUAACCCGACGCCAGACUCGGAUGCAAGCCGUUCAUAAUGAGGGGCGGUCGGAAGAAGAGUUCGAUGAAAUGCUCCCGAAGCGCCCUAAAUGGCCUAAGCGGCAAAAGAACGGGAAAAGAAUAGUCCGGUUAGAUGACGCAGAUUUCGACGAUCUCGAGUCGGAGGCGGCGUCGGCAGGAGGGGAUACGACAGACGAUGAGGAUUCUGCAUUAGAAUCAAGCCCACGUGUUGAAAUUGUCCCUGAUCCUCCAUUGACGAUGAACGAACCUCGUCCGAUAGCAAAACAAAUCACUGCUCCAGAGCCCAGACAGUCCUCUACACAGCGAAGACAAGCAUCAUUUUCGACAACUUCCUCGCCGGAACCGCCACCAAAGAGAACCAAACUUGCGAAAUCACCUGCAGUCCCUGUGCCUGGUACAUCUCAACCUCUUGCCAAAGCCCAAGCAAACAGAAGAGCCAAGAUGGCAGCAAUCGAGUGGAUGAACAAUGAUGGUGAUAGCCUCGAUGACGCGUGGUCACAAGAAUCACUCAUCGACGCAUAA